GACAAAAAUAAAAUAAAAUAAAACAAAAAACCGAGAGCCGAAAAUUUGUGUCCCGUCACUUCGUGCUCCUUCCACAACUCGAAAAUGGAAAGUUGAAGGCCUCUGAAAUCUGUAACCCGCCAAAUAUCCAUGCUCAAACCUUCGGAACUCCCCCCAUUGAUCCCCCCUUCACUUUCUCUGCCACACCCUACGCUCUAAUUUCCCGAGAAAAUUUCAAUACAAAUUGCUUUCUCAAACCCUAGCUCCAGCAGUCCCUAAUCAUGCCGUCUCUAAUCUCCCCCGGGAAAAUCGUCCGUUUGGAGCUCGAGAACUUCAAGUCUUACAAGGGCCUCCAGACCAUCGGCCCCUUCUACGAUUUCACGGCCAUCAUUGGCCCUAACGGCGCCGGAAAGUCCAACCUCAUGGAUGCCAUCAGCUUCGUGCUUGGCGUUCGCUCCACCCAACUGCGGGGCGCCCAGCUCAAGGACCUUAUCUAUGCGUUCGAUGAUAGGGAGAAGGAGCAGAAGGGCCGUAGGGCUUUCGUCCGCAUAGUCUACCAGAUGGGCAAUGGUUCCGAGCUUCAGUUCACCCGCACCAUCACUGGCGCCGGUGGCAGUGAGUAUCGAAUUGAUGGAAAAGUCGUGUCGUGGGAUGACUACAAUGCGAAAUUGAAGUCCCUUGGAAUUCUUGUCAAGGCGCGGAACUUUCUCGUCUUUCAGGGCGAUGUGGAGUCAAUUGCAUCAAAAAAUCCCAAAGAAUUGACUGGACUCCUUGAGCAAAUCUCUGGGUCUGAUGAUCUUAAGAAAGACUAUGAAGAUCUGGAAGAACAGACAGCCAAGGCUGAAGAGAAUUCAGCUCUUAUUUCUCAGAGGAAAAAAACAAUUGUGAUGGAGAGAAAGCAAAAGAAAGAACAGAAAGAAGAGGCUGAAAAGCACCUUCGUUUGCAAGAUCAACUGAAAUCUUUGAAGAAAGAACACUUUUUGUGGCAACUGUUUAACAUAGAAAAGGAUAUUACUAAGAUAAAUGAGGACAUUGAAGCUGAAAAGCAACACCACAAUGAUGUUAUUCAGGAAAAAAAUAAUUGUGAACAUGAAGCAGGUAUAAAGAAGAAAGAUCAAGCCAGGUAUCAGAAAGAGAUUGCUCAAUGUGUCAAAAAAAUUGGGGAGAAGAAAAGGAAACUUGACAAGAAUCAACCUGAGCUUCUAAAAUUGAAGGAGGAAAUGUCUCGCAUACACUCGAAAAUCAAAAGUACACGCAAGGAUCUUGAUAAAAAGAAAGAAGAAAAGAGGAACCAUGCCGAUGAAAUAAAAAAACUACAGAAUGGGAUACGUGAUAUGACCAAAAAACUUGAAGGUCUGAAUGAAAAAAGUCAAGAUGGUGGAGGAAAACUUCAUUUAGCUGCCAGUCAGCUAAAAGAAUAUCAUCGAAUCAAGGAGGAUGCUGGGAUGAAAACGACAAAACUAAGAGAUGAGAAAGAGGUUCAGGAUAGGCAACAGCAUGCUGAUAUUGAAGCUCAAAAAAAUUUGGAGGAAAAUCUUCAGCAGUUGAAAACUCGAGAGCAGGAGCUAGAGUUAGAGGAGGAACAAAUGAAAACAAGACUGAAAAAGAUUGAUGAUGCACUUGGGAAACAUGAAAAAGAGAAGUCAGAUGUGGAAAAGGAGCUGCGUAAGAUGAAAAAUCAAUAUAAGGAGGCCAGGAGUAAACAUGAUAAUCUGGAGUCCAGGAUUGGGGAAAUAGAAAACCAACUACGUGAACUGAAAGCAAACAGACAUGAGAACGAGAGGGAUGCCAGGUUGUCUCAAGCAGUUGAGACUCUCAAACGCCUGUUUCCAGGAGUCCAUGGUCGAAUGACAGAACUUUGUAGGCCAAUACAGAAGAAGUAUAACCUUGCUGUUACUGUUGCUAUGGGUAAAUUUAUGGAUGCGGUUGUAGUUGAUGAUGAGAAUACAGGGAAGGAGUGCAUCAAGUACCUGAAAGAACAAAGGCUUCCUCCUCAGACCUUUAUUCCUCUCCAAUCUGUCCGUGUAAAGCCAAUAAUUGAGAGGUUGCGCAACUUAGGUGGCACUGCAAAGCUGGUUUUUGAUGUGAUCCGAUUUGACCCACCCUUGGAGAAGGCUAUUCUUUUUUCUGUUGGGAAUACCCUAGUGUGUGAUGAUCUUGAUGAAGCAAAGGUUCUUAGCUGGAGUGGAGAGAGAUUUAAAGUUGUAACUGUUGACGGGAUUCUGCUCACAAAAUCUGGUACAAUGACUGGUGGCACCAGUGGUGGAAUGGAAGCAAGGUCAAAGCAAUGGGAUGAUAAAAAAAUAGAUGGGCUUAAAAAAAUGAAAGAACAAUAUGAGGUAGAGUUGAAAGCUCUUGGAUCAGUUAGAGAGUUGCAGUUAAAAGAAUCUGAAGCAUCUGGAAAAAUUAGUGGGCUUGAAAAGAAGAUCGAGUAUGCUGGGAUUGAGAAGAAAAGUAUUAAGGAAAAAUUUUCAAGAUUGCAGCAUGAGAAGCAGAAUAUUAAAAAAGAAAUUACCCAUAUUGAACCAGAAAUUAGAAAGCUAAAAGCUGUCAUUGAUAAAAGGGCUGCGGAAAUUGGCAAGCUGGAGAGGAGGAUGAACGAGAUUGUAGACCGUAUAUACAAAAAUUUCAGUGAGUCUGUUGGGGUGAGAAACAUCCGUGAAUAUGAGGAAAACCAGCUGAAGGCUGCCCAACAGAUGGGUGAAGAGCGGCUUAGUUUGAGCAACCAGUUGUCAAAGUUGAAGUACCAGUUAGAGUAUGAACAAAAUCGGGACAUGGAAUCGCGCAUUGCAAAGCUGGAAUCUUCCCUCAGCAAUUUAGAAAGCAAUUUAAAACAGGUUCAGAAGACAGAGGCUGAUAACAAGUUAAUGAUGGAGAAAGCAACAAGUGAGAUUGAUCAUUGGGAAAAAGAAAAGCAGGAGUGGGAGGUGAAGUCGGAAGAAUGUGAUAAGGAUAUCCAGGAAUGGAAGAAGAAGAUCUCUAUCACUACAACAAGCAUUGGAAAACUGGAACGUCAGAUAAAUUCUAAAGAGGUGCAGAUUGAGCAGUUGAAAUCACAGAAGCAGGAGAUACUGGAGAAAUGUGAACUGGAGCAUAUAUGUCUUCCCACACUUUCAGACCCAAUGGAAACUGGAUCGUCAACAGAAAGUCCUGUUUUUGAUUUUAGUCAGCUGAAUAGAUCACAUUUGCAGGACAUGAGACCAUCUGAGCGAGAGAAGCUUGAAGUGGAAUUUAAGCAAAAAAUGGAUGCCCUUAUAUCAGAAAUUGGAAGAACAGCUCCGAAUUUGAAGGCCCUGGACCAAUAUGAGGCUUUGCAAGAGAAGGAAAGAGUUGUAAUUGAAGAGUUUGAAGCAGCCAGAAAAGAACAGAAGGAAAUAACUGAUCGGUUCAAUUCAAUUAAGCAGAAAAGGUAUGAGUUGUUUAUGGAAGCUUUCAACCAUAUAUCUAAUAACAUUGAUAAGAUUUACAAACAGCUAACAAAGAGCAACACACACCUGUUGGGUGGGACGGCAUAUUUGAACCUAGAAAAUGAGGAAGAUCCAUUCUUACACGGCAUCAAGUAUACUGCUAUGCCCCCAACGAAGCGCUUUCGUGAUAUGGAGCAACUAUCUGGUGGGGAGAAGACUGUUGCUGCACUUGCAUUGCUUUUCUCUAUUCACAGUUAUAGGCCUUCACCAUUUUUUAUACUGGAUGAAGUCGAUGCUGCAUUGGACAAUUUGAAUGUGUCUAAGGUUGCUGGAUUCAUCCGAAUGAAGUCCUGUGAAGGAGCUCGGGGUAACCAGGAUGCUGAUGGAGGCUGUGGUUUUCAGAGUAUUGUGAUCUCGUUGAAGGACAGCUUUUAUGACAAGGCUGAAGCUUUGGUUGGGGUAUAUAAGGAUUCUGACAGAAGUUGCUCAAGAACUCUGACGUUUGACCUGACCAAAUACCGGGAGUCAUGAAAGAUGUGUAGAACAAUCUGAUUUGUCUAUAAGUCCAAUGACCACACCCUUAAUAUCCCUCAUUUGAUGUAAAUAUUACCAGAUGACGUACACAGCUGUUUGUACCUUUGUACUGUGAGCAAGAUGUGUUUAGUGUUGCUGGGUUCAUGUACUGUAGUGGGCUUCCAUUGUAGGUCCUAGAGAUAAUGAGAUAUUGAUUAAUAUUCGGGUGAUCUCAAGCAUCGGGCAGUGACCGACCUCUCCAUUCAUUUUACUGUAAUUGUAGAACUUCGAAGGGCAUUGAAAUAGGGUAUUUCUGUUUCUGACUUUAAGCAUUUGUUUUGUAUAGUUUGGCUAGUCAUUUAGGUAUAAAUAUUUCUCUCCUGAACAGUGCAGACGGCUCAGCUAGUUUUGUCCUCUGUUUUGUGCGACAGUGAAUGUACUUUUCUACCUGUAAUAUUCAAGUCUCAUUUCGUAA